ACUUCAGCCCCGGCGAGCUCCGCCCAGAGUCCCAGGGCCAGGGUGGCCGGCUCCACCUUUGCAUGGUCCUAGGCCCCGCCUUUGCAGGGUACCCAGCCCAGGCCAGAUAUAAAGCAGCCUCAGAUCGGUGGAUAGCACCGGCAAGCCUCCUAAAACCUCCCUUACGCUCCAGCCCAGCAGCCACCAGCACAAUCAGCGCACCGCGGGAGCCAUGGCUGCCAGAAAAGCACUGAUUGUACUGGCUCAUGCUGAGAGGACAUCCUUCAACUAUGCCAUGAAGGAGGCUGCUGUAGAGGCUUUGAAGGGGAAAGGAUGGGAAGUCACUGUGUCAGACCUGUAUGCCAUGAACUUCAAUCCUGUCAUCUCCAGAAAGGACAUAACAGGUAAACUGAAGGACCCCGAGAACUUUCAGUAUCCUGUCGAGUCUGUUCUAGCUUAUAAAGAAGGCCGUCUGAGUCCAGAUAUAGUGGCUGAACAAAAGAAGCUGGAAGCUGCUGACCUUGUGAUUUUUCAGUUCCCACUGCAGUGGUUUGGAGUCCCUGCCAUCCUGAAAGGCUGGUUUGAGCGAGUGCUCAUUGGGGAGUUUGCUUAUACGUACGCUGCCAUGUAUGACAAGGGACCUUUCCGGAAGAAGAAGACAGUGUUGUCCAUCACCACUGGUGGCAGCGGCUCUAUGUACUCUCUGCAGGGUGUCCACGGGGACAUGAAUAUCAUUCUCUGGCCAAUUCAGAGUGGCACUCUGCAUUUCUGUGGCUUCCAGGUCUUAGAACCUCAACUGACAUAUAGCAUUGGGCACAUUCCUGCGGAUGCCCGACUUCAGAUCCUGGAAGGAUGGAAGAAACGCCUGGAGGAUAUUUGGGAUGAGACUCCACUAUAUUUUGCUCCAAGUAGUUUCUUUGACCUAAACUUCCAGGCAGGAUUCUUAAUGAAAAAGGAAAUCCAGGAAGAGCAAAAAAACAAGAAGUUUGGCCUCUCUGUGGGCCAUCACUUGGGCAAAUCCAUCCCAACUGACAACCAGGUCAAAGCCAGAGAAUAAGAUUCACAAGAUUUGAUUUCCUUCUAAAAUGUAGCCAAAUCCAGGUUUCUUUUCCAGGCUUCCUUUAGAUUAGUUUUUCUUUUUCCAUGAGGAAUUAAUGGGAAAGAGAAUAGACU